ACUGCCUGCCACCCCAUCGUGGUGCAGCAGGGCAGGACCCACUCCCCGGACUGCCACUGCCCAGGGCAGCGCCUGCCCACAUGGCCCAGAGCGUGGUCUACGCCGACCUGAAGUUUGCCACGGCCCCUCCACAGUCUGCCGCCGCCUGCCCCGCAGACCCCGAUGAGGACGACAGCCCCUACGAGAACCUGCCGCUGGGGCCAGUGCCUGCAGAGCCCAGCCCAGGGCGCUGGCCCCGGCGUUGGCGUGUCCCCGUGGGGCUGCUGACAGCCAGCCUGCUGCUGCUGCUGGUGGUCGCUGUGGCCCUGGGGGCUUGCUACUGGCAGGUCACCCGCAGCCUGCGGGACGCCUCCCAGGAGCAUGCGGCCGAGCAGGGCCGCCUCUCGCAGGAGGUGAGCGCGCGGGAGCAGAGCCUGGAGCAGAUGCGCCUGGAGCUGGCGUGGGCCAGAGCGGAGCUGCAGCGAGCGUGGCAGGAGGGCAACAGCAGCCGCCUGGAGCUGGGGAGCCUGGAUGCCGAGCUAAGGCGCGUCAUGGGUGUCCUGGGGAAGACAGAGAAGGAGAUGCAGGAGGUGCAGGGGAAGCUCAACAGCAGCGAGAGCACUGUGAGCAGCCUGCGCGCCUGCGUGAAUACAGAUUGCUGCCCCUUGGGCUGGGUGCUCUACAGGGGCAAGUGCCUCUUCAUCUCGGUGGAGAAGAAGAGCUGGUACGAGAGCCGUGAUGACUGCCGAAGCAAAUCUGCUCAGCUGCUGGUCCAAGGCAACUGGCCGUCAUGGACCGUGCCGGUACGACCAUUCUGCAGACUGCAGGCUAUCAGCAAGCAUGAAAAUAGAGCGUUCAAAAUGCUGGAGAAAAUACCAGUGGAUCUGCAAGCAGUCCCUGAAGCUGAGCUGUGCAUUCAAGACCUUCUUGCCUCUCCUGGCUGAGGCCUGACUGUACUGCCACCCCACUCCGUCACAGGACUUGAAGACAGGAGCUGGGUGUGCACCCAAGACCCUCUCCCCUAUGCACACAUUCCUUCAACUAUGUUGCAAAGCACUGGGAAUGGGUGUCUGUAUUUUAAAG